ACCAGUUGCUUGUUGAGCAGGAAGAAAGAGAUAGAGAAGAUUGGCUGCGCGUCUUUCGUAAAUUCGUAGGUAGCAUAGUCAUUUUAGCAAGUCCACUUCCUGUUGGCCCCCUUGGGCGCCUCCUUCAAGCUCCGAAGAAACAAGUCAAAUGCCGGUUAGAUGCCUUGCACUCCGUUCUUAGUAUUCCUGACAGGGAGGACGUUCCUAUCAGGCUACUGCACCUGUCCUUUCGCGAGUUCCUCCUCGAUCCCCAAAAGCAAGGAAAGAGCCCGUUCUGGGUGGAUGAGAAAAGGACGCACCAGAAGCUUGCAUCUUGCUGCCUUGAGCUUAUGUCUGGAUCUGGCGGUCUUCAUCAGAACAUAUGCGGCCUUCCAGGCCCCGGAGUACUAAGGAGCGAGGUAUAUGAGCAGGCAGUUGCUACUAGGCUACCACCUGAUCUACAAUAUUCGUGUCGCUACUGGGUUGAUCAUCUCAAGCAGAGUAGGCGAGACAUCAUUGAUGGAGACGCGACGCACUUCUUUCUACAGAAGCACUUUCUUCAUUGGCUUGAAGCUUUGAGCCUUAUAAGGGAAUCAAGCAGAUGCGUUAACUUACUCAAUAGUCUUGAAGCACUUACUAGCCUAUCUGAAAAGCUAGUUUUAGGCUUUCUUUACGAUGCUAAGCGGUUCGUGCUGCGGUUUCAGUCUGUUCUUAGAGAUGCGCCGCUGCAGGUUUAUUACUCCGCGCUGGUAUUCGCGCCAGAGAGAAGUCUAAUACGACAAACAUUUGUAGAUCAACUGCCAGAAGAGGUCAAGAUAUUAUCUAUGCGAGAAACGGACUGGGACGCAUGCCGCAGCACGCUUGAGGGCCAUUCCUCCUAUGUUACGGCGGUGGCUUUCUCUCCAGAAGGGCAGUUUAUUGCGUCAGCAUCUGGCGACAAUACAGUACGGUUGUGGGAGGUGGCAACAGGGACGUGUCGCAGCACGCUCGAGGGCCACUCUAACCAGAUUGUGGCAGUAGCCUUCUCGCCAGACGGGCAGCUAGUCGCGUCAAUAUCCCAAGACACUACAAUACGGCUGUGGGAGACAGUAACAGGGGCGUGUUGCAGCACGCUAGAGGGCCAUUCCAACGAGGUUAGGGCAGCGGCCUUCUCACCAGACGGGCAGCUAGUUGCGUUGGCAUCCCAAGAUAGCACAGUACAGCUAUGGGAGGUGGCAACAAGAACGUAUCGCAGCACGCUCGAGGGCCACUUCGACCAGAUUAUGGCAGUAGCCUUCUCGCCAGACGGGCAGCUCGUUGCGUCAGCCUCUAAGGACAACACAGUACGGCUAUGGGAGGUAGCGACAGGGACGUGUCGCAGCACGCUUAAGAACUAUUCUAACUGGGUCAGGGCAGUGGACUUCUCGCCAAACGGGCAGCUAGUCGCAUUGGCAUCCCAAGAUAGCACAGUACGGCUGUGGGAGGUAGCGACAGGGACGUGUCACAGCACGCUAGAGGGUCAUUCCUCUUAUAUCGCGACAGUGGCCUUCUCACGAGACGGGCAGCUUAUUGCGUCGGCAUCUGGCGACAAUACAGUACGGUUGUGGGAGGUGGCAACAGGGACGUGUCUCAGCACGCUCGAAGGCCAUUCCUCCUAUGUCACGGCGGUGGCUUUCUCGCCAGACAGGCAGCUCGUUGCGUCAGCAUCUGGCGACAACACAUUACGGCUCUGGGAGACAAUAGCGACGUGUCGCAGCUGGCAGCGUUUCCUGUGGCUUCCACCGGAAUAUCGAUCAUGGUCGACAAUAGUACGUGAGGACAUAGCUUGUCUGGGGCUUGUAUCUGGUCAUGUGGUUCUGCUCAGGAUUUCCUAA